UUUUCACUGCCCAUUGUAAGCAACGAGGCAAAUACAAGCCUGCAGUCGUCUGCAGAAGAAGACAGGGAGCAAUGCUCAGAGUGGAGUGAGGGGCUCAGCACACCACCAUCAUGCUCACGUAGGACGACUGCCAGCAUCACCCUGGAUCACCGGAGCCUGCGUUCUUUUUCCACAGAGGGCUUCUUCUCUCCUUCACUUUCACACAAAAGCAGUACCUGAGGAAAGUGGAUCCAGAUGUGGCACUGACAGAGCAACAGAUGGUUUGAAUUUUGGGGGACCUGAAGAGGACAUUUAACGAGGAGCCGUGACAUAUUAGGAGCCAGUAUGACGCCGAACAUUUUGGCAUGUUUGCUGUUAGUCCUGCUGGGCUCCGGACAGGCUCAGGUCGCGACGCAGACACGGGAGCAGAGUCGAAGGCAGAGUCCCGAUCGAUCGACCAACCCGUGGCGGCAGGUGAUCCAGUGGGAGAACAAUGGACGUGUGUUCAGUAUGCUCAACAGCGGAGCCGAGUAUGUCCCUGCUGGGGCCACCACCCAGGAUGGGGGUCACCAAGUGGUUGUGGCUGGCAGUCCUGUCCAGCGCUCGGCACGUCGACCCCAGGGAGGGAAUGUCCGCCGACAGGCACCUUCCCGAGGCUCUUCGGAGACUGUGCGAGGCCAAGCCCGGCACCCGUUUGGCUUCGGUCAAGUACCAGAUAACUGGAGACAAGCCUCAGGCACGGCAGGAAGUAGACAAUUCCAGGGUUCCUCAUCUACUAACCGGAGACCAUCAUCAGGCUCUUCCUCAUCGUCCUUUUCUUCUUCAUCCUCUUACAACAUACAGUCCUACCCACAGUACCCGCUUCCCCAACAGCCUCCUUUUCAACCAGUUCCCUAUGAUCCCACAGUUUUGGACGGGCCUCUGAGAAGUUAUGAACCACCCUUCCUGCCUUCACCGGGAGCUUACGGCACUGGUGGGUACGGUGUCGGACAGGGCUACACCGGAGGAGGCUAUGCGGGUGGAGUGGCACCUGUGGCCCCUGGAUACCCCCCAGACCUCUCUGAAGACAGCUAUGGUUACUACCAGCCAUAUGGCUACAGUCCUGCACGUGCCGCUCAGCCCCCUUUCACCGACGGUCUAGACCGUCGAUACACCCACAGUCUCUACAACGGAGAUACAGGUGCCGCCGUCCCAGACCCGAACCCACGUGCGCCGGUGACUGCCGACAGGACAGGACCUGCAGGCCAGCCACCAGUCAGAAGCCCUCAGUAUGAACAGUUUCCUCCGUUCGGGCGACCGCAGCCUCUUCCUCCAAGGAUCUCUCCAAACUCAGCCGUGGAGAACCCUAACGUUAAUGCCAGGAGCGUCUACAAGACGGACCAAAGAGGUAUGCCUGACCUGGUUCCUGAUCCCAACUAUGUCCAAGCUUCAACGUACAUUCAGCGAGCUCACAUGUACUCUCUCCGCUGCGCUGCCGAGGAAAAAUGCUUGUCAAGCUCUGCGUACAGUGCCGAGACCACUGACUACGACGUCCGGGUUCUGUUACGUUUCCCACAGAGGGUGAAAAACCGGGGGACCGCUGACUUCAUGCCGAACAGGCCACAUCAUACCUGGGAGUGGCACAGCUGUCAUCAACACUACCACAGCAUGGACGAGUUCAGCCAUUACGACCUGCUGGAGGUCAGCUCUGGUCGGAAGGUGGCCGAGGGACACAAGGCCAGCUUCUGCCUGGAGGACACCACCUGUGACUUUGGACACCUGAAGCGAUACGCGUGCACCUCCAACACACAGGGUCUGAGCCCGGGCUGCUAUGAUACGUACAACGCUGAUAUCGACUGCCAGUGGAUCGAUAUCACCGACAUCAAGCCUGGAAACUACAUAUUAAAGCUCCAGGUCAAUCCCAAAUUCCUGGUGAUGGAAUCAGAUUUCACCAACAACGUUGUACGGUGUAACAUUCACUACACGGGACGCUUCGUCCGAACAACCAACUGCAAGAUUGCACAGUCCUGAUCAGGUCGGCGAACUGAGAGGGCCGUCGAUUGCUAUUCCAUUAGACUGUGAAUGGAAUCCAUUUGUCGCCAGUGUAGAUGCUGUUCCCUUUUUAAUCUCUGUUGUUCCAAGUGCUGUUUUGGUGGAAAAGAUCCCUCAGCGCUGGCAAGGUUGUGCCAGUUGAUGUAACCAGUUCCGACCCUUUGCGUCUUCCGUGUCUCGCUGCAACACCUCACAUCAAUCCGCUGCCAAAACACGGUCGAGUAAGGAACAUAAUUGGCUCAGAAACAGGUGAUCACAUUAACAAAAACACACAUGGCCCCCGGACAAUAAAGAACACAGCCGCCCAAAAAAAGAAAAAAAAAAUAAUGAACUCAGGAUAUGAGGUUUCGGGAAGGCGAUUUACCAGCAUGGGGACAGGAAGAGAGUGUCAGAGGAGCUAAAUGUUUAAUUUUCAAGUCUUCAAUAUUGCAGAGCUUCACGCUGAGGUCUCUCGUGGCAAAUACUGUCAAAGUUUUUUACUACACUUUUAAAUCGGCUUUUCACUCCUCUCCGUGGCUCAAGUCGACGUACAGUCGAACCUCGGUUUACGGUGGAAUCAGGCAGCGCACAGUGGUGCUCUCUCUCACCCAGACAGAGAGAGAGAGCGCGCGAAUGUUCUGUGUGUCAAUCAUGUCAGAGUCUUUGCUCGGAAUCAGUCCUCAGCCCGAGAAAGUGACAAGUAUUUCCUGGACGUAUCCGUGAUGACUGUUGAAAUGAAGAGGGAAACUCACUGGGUCAUCAGAUUCUGAUCGAGUUCCCAAAAGUUUUUACCAGAACUAAUCCAUUCAUGGGCCCAAAAUCCAUUGUGAAAGCAUGUUGUGGAAGGCUAUGAUUCCCGGUUAAAGAGUACGAACUAGAAAAGCGCAGAGACAGCGCCAUUUUCUCUCAUUGACUUUCAAAAAACACAUUGCUGUACUGGUGCACGUUUCUUGAAGUAAGCAGAAGCUGCCUUCUGGUACCCAGGAAGUGAGCAAAUUGUCCUGAUCUCUGCACCAUGAGUGACACUAGCGACGUCCUAUCCAAGCUAAUUCGGAACUGAGCUGGGCGCUUGAGAAGCCGAGCAAAUCACGGUACAGCAGAACCUUCUUCCAUCCAAAUGGAACCCAGCAACAUUUAAGUUACUGCAAACAAAUCUAGGAUUAUUUCUUGAAAAUUCAUUGUCACGUUUUUGAGUUAUGCACUUCACAUAACAUAAAAUGGUGACAGCAAAACAUUGAUUGUAAAAGAAGUCAUUAAUAUCCUUCAUAAAAGAUACAAAAACCACAAUCGAAGAGUGUGGUUCACCCACAAGGUUCAACGUUCCAUUUCCCGACGUCAAUAUAUCACACAUUGGGAGGGCGGUUGUGUCUGAACGCAGUCUGCUGCAGUCAAAAUGGUACCAUUCACCGAAUUCUGAAUGUCACACUCUGUGGGUCCUGACUGGUCAUAAUCUUCUGGCUAGUUUGACGUCAUUACAUGAAAAGACAUGAACGUCAUACCAUUUAUGUUUUCUUAGUGAUUUUUGUCACCAAAACACACAUUGUUUAACAAGUUAAAACAAAAUAAAAUGAGUCAUCAUGAAUGAGUCAAACACUAUUCUUGAGCGUAGCCUCUAGCUUCACGAUGCCACUCCGCUAAAUUCACCGAAUGGUGCAGUAUACGGCAGGACAUUCGAUCCAAAUAUACACCAUGUAAACCAACUGUUUUCAAAGGCGGCGACCGACCUGUAAACCAAACCUUUCGAACGUAACCUGCCACAGUAGAGGUGCUAUAGAAACGGCCUUGUGGAGUUUGUUUGCUGUUUACACUGUCUUGGGGGGUUUAUUCUUCGACAACUAACACUGGUCGGAUGAUGAUCAUCAUUUUGAAGAAUGUACAUACAAGUAUGCAUGACGUGGCGUCUGUUCCAUGUGCCUUUUAUUGUACUGUAAUACGUGAGAUUUCUCUCCACUGACUGGCUUUCAUCGCCCCUGAAGACACUCGGGGUUGUAACGCAGAAGACCAACAGCUGUUUCUACCUCCCUCUCCGACUGAGUGAGCUGUUGUUUCCAUCCCAAAACUGUUCAUUGCCGGCAUGAGUGGUAAAUACCGCAGGUAUUGAGGCGAAGCGAGACACAAACUGAAUUAAGAAUGUGAUCGUGCUGUAUUUUUCCCAAAGAUUGAACUCUGAUGUUUCACUUUUUAAACCAUUCUUUUUUAUUGUGACGUACUGUACGGACACUUGUGAAAUCAUGUUUCGCUCCAGAGAAUGAGUUGGGGCACGAGAGAAGGUGGUGCCUUAUGUGUGUCAUAAGACCAAACUCCUGUCGACUGUCAUUUACAAUAAACACGUAUACACAACAACAGUGGUGCUGACUGCAAGACUGUUGCGUGUGUUAUGAUUCAUUCUUUCCUUAAAGUACUCCACCAUAUUUUUAAAAUGGUUCCACACAAACUUCUAAUUCAGAAAAAAGUUUUAAACAUAUUUAUUUAUUCAUUCAUUUAGCUUUUAAAAAGGCAGUGAAAGUUGCCAUCCUUUACGUUUCUGGAGCAACGCACACGAGGAAACAAGGACCUUGUAAAAAACUAGUGUCAGUUUUUAGCCUAGAAAAAGAAUGUGGAGUGUCUGCUGCAGGUGGCUGUUCCUCUAUGUGUGUGGCCGCUGCAUGUGGGAGGGGUUGCCGAGUGAGUGACGUCUCUCCAGAAGUGA